AAUGUGGAACACACUUCCAAAUGUGGAACCCACCACCACAAAUGCUCACUAACCCAUAGUUGCAUCAUAUGUGAAAUCCACUGCUAGAGACAUCACAUCUGAAGACCACUGCAAUGGCAUCGUAUAUGGGGAAUCCACUACAUGAUUGUCACAUAUGACGCUCACUCCCACAGUUUAAAAGACGACCUGAAAAUUUUUGUUCACAAACUAGUGUGUGUGACUCGCCUUUUGACCCAGAGAGCGCUAAGAAGUUGGAACAUUUCACUGACGGAAAUUGGAAUUGUGGAGGCUACAAUAAACGGGCCUACAUAACUCAUCAGGAUUGGUAUUCCUUGGUUGUCAAGCAGCAUUGACAAGAUGGCCGCUGAUAGGCGUAUUGUCUACUGCCUGUUAUGUGAGAAGCCUCAUGAAAAUUUGUCAAGUCACCUUAAGAAGGCCUGUAUGAAGGACAACACAGAAGAAGAGCGUAACGCUGAGUUGACCAAGGCCAAAAUAUCCCAAAAAGAAUGGACGAGAGUGGGCAGACGUUGGGAGUACCAUGAGGUUGAUUCCUUAAUGAAUGAGGAAGAUCCCCUCCGUGCCCUCAUCGACCGGCUGAAAAGCAAGGGCUUCUUUAUAGUCAAAGACCCAUCGGAAAGCUCUCCAGCUGAGCAACGGCAGCUUCUGCAAGACGUCACUCCGUGGAUGCGCAGUAUGGUUGCCAAACUUAAGACUGGAGUGAACGUGGCAACAAACUACACGACACAGUUCCGAUACUUUUGUAUGGGCGUGUUGUCUGUGGUAUACAACAAAUCUUUGAAGAGUAUAGAGACUUUCAAAACUGCAGGUUGGGUUGAUAGACAGCAGACAUCAAGUGGUGUGACCAUCCAAUUCAGUGAUAAUUCAGUGGCCUGUACACUCAGAAAGGAAGAAGAAGAGUGGUUUGAGUUGUACUUUACCAAGAUACGGCCACUGGCUUUACUUAGACAAGAUGAAUAUAUGGACGACGAAGGCUGCUUCUUUCUAGGACAGAAUGGUGGUCCCAUUGCAAACACAAAAACAGAUUUACAACGUCUUUGGAAGUUUUGUGAGCAGACGACUCAAAGCAGUGAGCCGAUUCCAGAGGAUACACAGACAGCUAGUGGGAGUUGUGAGCAGACGACUCAAAGCAGUGAGCCGAUUCCAGAGGAUACACAGACAGCUAGUGGGAGUUGUGAGCAGACGACUCAAAGCAGUGAGCCGAUUCCAGAGGAUACACAGACAGCUAGUGGGAGUUGUGAGCAGACGACUCAAAGCAGUGAGCCGAUUCCAGAGGAUACACAGACAGCUAGUGGGAGUUGUGAGCAGACGACUCAAAGCAGUGAGCCGAUUCCUGAGGAUACACAGGUGGCUGGUGAGAGUUGUGAGCAGAAAACUCAAAGCAGUGAGCCGAUUCCAGAGGAUACACAGACAGCUAGUGGGAGUUGUGAGCAGACGACUCAAAGCAGUGAGCCGAUUCCUGAGGAUACACAGGUGGCUGGUGAGAGCUCUUCUUCCUCAGCUUUGAAUACAACAGCUCUUGACCAGUUUGAAACAUUUGUUGAAAUGUUUCCCGUCACUCUCAACGACGAACCACCCACAAAAAAGAGGAGGAUGAGCGCUGGAUUUGAAGGCCGUGACGUUUAUGACAAGUGGAGAGGAGAGCAGUACAAGAUGCGCUUAAAUUAUAUCCUCGCUUACAAUUCCAUCUCAGCUCACAUUGGCAGGCAUCAACCGACUUUGGACAAAGUCCGUCUCGUCAUCUCCAAAGAAAAGUGGCACGCAAACCUCCCGGACCUUAAGGAUAUUCUUCAGGCUUGGAUAUCUGAACAGAAGACGAGCAUUGAAAAGGAUGGCAAAAUCAUAAAGGCAGUUUCGGAGCAAAAAUGGAAAGGGCUUCAGAUCCAGGACUUUGGUGGAGAUAAGGGAAAAGGUGUCGUUGCCACCAUGCCAUUCACCAAAGGAGAUGUCCUUUGUGACUACCAUGGCCGAAUAAUCCCGGCAUCUGAAGGAAAGAAAUUGCUUUCAGAACAGCAGAGUGGAGAAAUGGGCUAUCUUUUUUUUUUCAAGACCAGAGGUGGUGCCAGUCUUUGUAUCGAUGCACAGACCUUCCCUUGUGAAUGUCACCCCCUUAAAGACACAUUUGGGAGGAGGAUGAAUCAUUCUAAAAAGAAAUUCAAUGUCAAGCCGGUACAUUUCCAAUUGAAAUUCCCUGAUGGUUGCAGAGACACUAUACUGUUCCUGGCAUCAAAGGAUAUCCAGUGCAAUGACGAAAUCUUGUGGGACUAUGGCGUAAACAAGACAUCAUUCAGAGGUGAAGGUCUUGACUUGGACUGGUUAGAUGAAUGAGACAAACAUUUUUCUGGUGUUUGCUGACAUUGCUGUGCUGGAUUUGCCUCCUAUAUGCCGCUUUUAAG